UGUUUGUUGAGUUGUCGCCAGUGAAGAGAAGUUUUCCUAAUCUCGUAAUGGUGACGAAUACAGUGAACAUAAGCCUUAGUUUCGCGUUUGGCUAGCUGCUAUCACAUUCGUAAUGUCGUCGUGCAGAAAAGUUCGAAAAGGGAGCACAUCACAAAGAGCCAUAGUGUUCCAUAGUUGGCAGUAGCAGUGCGAAUCGAUCGAUUUUUGCGUUUCAUGUGACAUCCUUUGGCAAGGUUUGCGGAAGUGAAUAGUUAUUUCGCUGCACCAUAUUGCCGUGCAAGACUGCAAGCCAACGAUGGAUGUUGCCACGAUUCAACGAGCCGAGGGUCAAGAAUUUUUACACAACCACAACAACAAUAACAACAAUAAUCAUGGUGCAAUUGGUUGUGGAUUGGAAAAGGGCAAGCAGCCAGGGGCCGUUGUUGCUUCGGGUAUCGUCACGACAUCAACGGACACGCUAGGGGAUGGGUCAGGUCGGGAGUUGGCCACACAGAAGAUGAGCUCGAGUGUGGCCAGUAUCCUCGACGAUACGACACCGAGCGAUUCCGGGGUGCAGCUUCUCGAUUCGGAGUCGAGUGGCUUAAACGAAUCGAUGAUAUCCAGCGCCGGAGGGUUCGAGUUUGAUGUUGGUCAAAUUUCACCACCGCCACCUCCACCGUUGCCCGGUUUCGCUCAAAAGGCCAGUUUCGUCACAGAUGAGGGCAACAACAAUAACAACAACAACCGUUCGAUGGCAGAGAUGGAGGUUGAAGCUGUGGACGGAGGAGAGGAAGACGACGAUGCUGCGGGUGCGAUAACGGAGAGAUUAGCCGAAAUUGACCUCCAUUCGCGGGCACACUACGAGGACGAAACAAGCGAAGCAAAACUGGCCGUCGACCAGGAGAUUGGCGAGGGUGUUGAAAUCGACCCCACAAUGACCGCCAGCCAGGGACCACCGGAAGAGCUGAUCACGAGCACCUGUUCCACGUUCGACAGCGAAAACAUUGUGUACCGGCGGCGCAUUAAAAAGACACCGACGAGCAAAACGCCCAAGAAGCGGGUAUCCUUUCACGAAGACAUACUGAAGAACACGAAAACCGACAACAUACACAUCGAGCACGGUUUCAUUACGUACAAAUCGGGUGGCGGCAGUGCGGUUGGUAAGAAGAUGGGUCACCAAGCGGGGCGGUACUCGUGGUGCACGGAAGAUGACAACGGUGGAAGGGGGGUUACGGAUUACGGCGACGAGGAAGCGUGCGAAGGGCGGCAGUACGUUUACCGAAACGCCUGCUCGGAUGUGCUCGACUACGGUAAGACGGACGUUUUCGAAAACAUCGAGGACGAGCGGAACUAUGUCAAGUAUGAUAAUUCGGGCAUCUUUGAGUAUGGCCCACCGGAACGAAGUCCCGGUGCUGGCGGCAGUCACAAGGGGUCAGGAAAUUUUUACAAAUGCAAUUGCUCCGAUUCCAACUCCAGUCUGGAUUCGGGCGAGGGCACCACGAACGAGCGGACGAACUAUGCGCAAGCAAAGUCGAACAGUUGCGAGUGCAUUGGGUCGCAUGUCGGAUCGCGGGACCAUCGGGGCAAGCCGACGAACAACAAUGUCAUCUCGGAUAACUGUUACUACAGCGAGCCCAGCAUCGAGCAUCUGGACGAAUUCAAUGGAAAUGUCAUGUCCCCGAUGGAAAGUGCGGGGGGAGGAGAACAACAGUUUGUCAAAUCGGUAUGGAGCAAGGAGAAGAAGCCGAAAAGUAGCUGCUUGAAAAAGACGAAGCGGAACAACAUCUACACGAACGUGGUCGUGCCGGAGUACGAUCUCAACCGGAAGGUGAAAAAAUUCAACGUCCACCAGCAGCACCGCCGGCUGUCGGUCAUCGACAACAGUCGAAUGAUCUUUGGUUCGCUAAAGGACAUCUUCGGCAUUGCGCUUCCCGAGCGGGGCGUUCCCGAGGGUUCGGAAGAUUUGUCCUCGGUGCGCGAGUGCAUUCCCGAAACGCACGACGACAGUUUGGAGGAUGAUUUCACUGUAGUGCAGAAACCCAAGUCCUUCCUAUCGAAGAGUCUCGAUGGUGGGUUUAACAGUCGCGCCGGCGGAAGAUCAAACACCGGGCAGCAGAAAAAGUACGUGCACAAUGUGGAUGAGCAGUUGCGGCGAAAAAAUGACGACGAUUUGUACGCACCGAGUCGGAAGAAUAGUGUCGAGGAUGAGCCGGAACAACCGGAACAUGAAGCUGAUCCGAAUGUGCAACAGGAAGGAGUGUUUCCUGUCGAUACGCUUGUGCAACCACCGAUUCCUCCACCGCAACCACUAACGCUGGCAAGUUCCACCGGGAGCGCCGCCGGGGGAGCUUAUCGCAAUAAAUUUAUCAUAAACGGGGAAAGCACGGUGUUUGAGCAUACUGGUGUGUCGUACUGUUUUGAGGACGAAGAAAACAAAUCACCCCAGGAGGAAGAGAAGGAACUGCCCGUUGGCGAAACAACGACCGGUUCGUUCAUCGGCAAAACGCAAAUAAAAAAGAAGCUAUCGAAUAUUUUCCAAAAAAUCAACGUCAUCAGUUCUUCGGCUGCAUCAACUCCCACCCCGACACCUCGCAGCAGAGGUGACGGUGAGGGUGGAGCAGCAGUAUCCCGUGGAGACUCGGAGGUGGUGGAGGAAAAGGAAGGCAUCUUACCAUCGCCUCAGUCUCCGACCAAAAACGGUGGCAACAGCAACGCAAUGGAAAACAGCAUGAUUUCGUCUUGUGGAAGCGAAAACUCCGAGCAAUCGAGCGUAUCGCACAAAGGCGGGGACACUGUGGGCAAGUCGCAACCGAGUUCCCCACGUGCACAAAGUGCUAGCACAAAGCAACAGUCCAAUCGGCACCUUUCGUCUCCGUUGCGGAAAAAGUCUCUCACCACGACCAUGGUGCGGGUGGUGGACGCACCUCGACCGGUGGCUCGAAUGACUCCGGAUUUGUUCAAUCUCGGUAUAUCGGCGGCUCCUUCGGGUCGCCAUCUUGAUCCGCAGCUGGCGGAGGAGUUUGAAGAUAUUCUAACCGUAACGGCUACAGCUCCACCGGUUGAAGGGGUCACCUCCCCAGUACCGCAAUCGAGCUGCCGACUAGGUGUCCCCGAAGAUGAUCUGGUGAUCCUGGACUACCCACCGGCAGUGUCAUCGUGUGCAUCUAGCACUGUUAUUACACCGGUAAUGUCUCGGACGUCGGAGGACUUUUUGGAGGACACCGAAUCAUCGUAUCACCAUCACCGGCAGCGGCAUAAUCCAAUGACGUCGUCCACCACCAGCUCGACGUCGACCGCCUCGAAGAGUUCGCUGAUCAAUCGUUUCCUGCGCAACGUCACGCAGAAGAAGAUCCUCGAGGCGACGAUCAAGCAGAAUCCGUUCUUCCAGUCAAAGGUAAACGGAGACCGCAAGCUGUUCGAGAACCUAUGUCCGCGCGGCGUGCGGUCGGUGAAUCGCGAGCUUAUCGAAGAUCUGAACGCGGAGAUUGCGAUGGAAAUCGAAAUGUCCUCGUCGGACUGUUCGCUCGAUCGGGUGCAGCUGAAUGACACGUACGCCCAAUCGGGUGAGGGUUGUUCGUCGCUUUCGCUUGGUGGGGUGAAGUUUGAUGGUGGCGGCAUUGGAGUCGGCGAACUCCCGGUGGAACUGUUCUCUGCUGGUGGUCGCCGGUUGCCCAUCUAUCGCAACGACAGCGAGGUGUUGAUGAAGGUAUUUAAACUCUUCAACGGAUACAGCCGGGAGGGUUACAUGACGCCGGUGCUGGUGUUUCUCACCGACCGCACACUCUACGUGACGGAUCAGGUGAGGAACCGGCUGUGCAAUAAGUUUGUGCUCCCGUACGCCGAGCUGGACGUGAUUUUGGUCGGCCCAUACGGAAACACGGUGCUGCUGAGUAAUUCGGCACGCGACAUGCAGCAGGUACUGCUGGCGGGUGGCCCGUACCCGGCGGAAGGACUCGUGUCGAGUCUGGAGCUGUGCGCAAGGCGCGGGGGAUCCGUUCUCCCGGCCGUAGGACAGCUAACGUUGGAUCACUUGGCACCGCUCCAAGCGUUCGUGCGGGAUCACUCGAGCGUCAGUAGGGACGAUACGUGGAAGUACUACGCGGUGGUUAACGUACCGGCAGGAACGCUCGGUGGCGAGGAGGCUCCACUUGGGCCACACAUCAAGGGCCCGCUGAUGCACCGCCGGAUGUCCCAUGCUGGUUUUGUGGAUAAUUGGUCAGCGGGAUAUUUCCUACUUAAGGCUGGCGUGCUUUACCUGUUCGGAGAUGCAUCACAAAAGUUGCCCACGUGGGCCGUAGCACUGGCCGAAUGCCAGGGGGCUCGGCGCUCGGUCAACUCCGGUCGACCGUACUGCUUCGAGCUGCUGCUGCGUACCGGAGCACUUCAGCUGGCGGCCCCCGACGAGUACGUCGCCUCCGACUGGCUUCAGGCGCUGGUACAGGCGGCUAGCGGGGUGAGUGGCAUGGAGAAGGUGACAGCAAAGCUGUUUGAAAUGCAAGAACGUCGUCGUACACUCGGCUGUACGCUGAUCAUGACGUCAAACCAUCUGCUGACGCUGCGGGAAGACUUCAGUGCCCCGUUACGGCGAAACACGGCCAGCUCCAGUCUGGUUGGUGAGAUUAGCGCCCCUCCGACGGUAUCUGCUGCAUCGCUGCAGCUACAACUUACCGCGACAGCGUCUCCUUCGAAAGAAAAUAUCAAUCCAAAUAUUCACCGGAAAAUAAGCAAUGUAUCAAGCACUACGGGUGUUGGUGUGCAGGAUAAUUGUAGUGAGAUAAGCUCCAUCCGUUCGAAUUGCAGCACACCAACCCGCACGAAUAUGGCACAGCUGUCCAGUGUGGAUCGUCGUUCGAAUUCGUCCACUACGAGCACCCCAACGAGAAGCAGUCUAGGACCGGGCCAGCUCCAAAAUAUGUCUCCUGCGAAAAGUUACACUCGCUCGGCCGUCUUGACCAGUGGACCGCCCUCGCUGAUGGACUACCUGAAUGGUGGCUCGGAGGAAAAGAGCUACACGAACAUGAGUAGCUUCUAUGGGAAAAACUCGGGUGUCGAGGUGCUGACCUGUGCGAGUAUCGAUGAAAUGUCUGCCGUCAAAAUACCUGCCGUUUCGUCUAACUGGUGGUGCAUUCUGGAAUUUGAAUGCCAAGAGGUGCGAGAAAACUCCGACGAUUUGGUCGUCUUCUUUUCGACCAGCGCCGAACAGGAACGGUUCUUAUCAAUGCUUGAAUCCAUUUGGCACACCAAAAAGCGUGAAGCUUUCCCAGCAUCCAUCAUUACCAGCGAUGACGCAGUUUACGACCAUUGUUCGAAAUUGUUCCUGGAAAUUAAUCGAUCAUGGGAGCCAUUGCUUUCCGCUGCGCUUGGUUACCCACAAUAAGCGCAACGCUAUCGUCGAGUACCGAAGGCGAGUAAAUAGUUUUAACUGGUAAUCCUUAUCGAUCCAUCAUGGUUCUACCACCAUUUCGUUGAGUUUGCUUGAACAUGAUAUCGCUUACGAUUGCGCACAGAUGAACCACACGACACUUUCGGAAAAGGGAAAAGUAUUAUUAGUUUUAUCGAACGGCGUCAAGCAGUUGUAUGAUAAGCGUGCCAUCCAAGACGGCAUAGAGCUAUUAUGUGGCUCUAUUAUUGUUUUCAAUUGAUUAAGAAAAAUGAAUAGCUGUUUUUUUUAGAACUUAAACCAAAAAUCUCGCCUCCUAUAUUUUCAUUCAAUGUACUUGCUAUGAAUGCUUUAUACCAAGGAAAUAAGCUAUCUGCUUACAUUUAUACCGUUACAAUCAUAGUUCGCGCUCUUUGGCGUACCAUAUUUCUAUGUGCAAGAGCAAAACUAGGCCGGCCCUCGUUUUGCGAUUUAGAAAAAAACUAUUCAAAUGAAUUUUACUUUCCACCACCUUUCCACAGUUGAAUUUGCUUGAAUUUCCGUCUACCUAAAAGAUUUGAUGAAGUUUCGGCCUAGAGAGUAGUUUGACUCAAAUAUCUGUGUGAGGGACAACUUUGUUACUAAUCGCCGAUCAGUAGGGCAUGAAGACGAAGCCAGGACACAAGAUUAAUCUUCUCAAUUAAUAAUGUGAAAAUACGUCGCUUUCAAUUUAUAAUUGGAUAUACAUACAUAAAUGAUUUCCUAUUCUCACCUCUCAAAGGAACUACUUUAAAUGAAAAAACUUACUAUGCGCCUUGAUAUCUCACCAUUUGGCUUCAUGCUUUGUGCUUAUCACACUCAUGUACCACCGUAGCUGAGCUAAUAAAGACAAACACUAUACUCAAAAUGUGAUUAAAUACUCCUCCCCAAUAUGAUAUGUAGUGAGUACAUACAUACGAGUGUUGUUUGUGUAUCCCAUUAUAUCGAUAUAUAACACAUAAUGCAUAUGGUAAAUGAAAUUAAUGGAGCACAACCAAAUCUGAAAUGAAAAAUUAGGGAUAGGCAAAAUCAAUUGAUCUUUUUCACCUGUUCCUUACCCUCAAUCUCUCAUUCUUACAUCGUGUUUUUGUGUAUUUUUGAUCAUCAUAUUCUAACCUAAUAUGGAAUUAUUUGAUUAAUCUGUUAAGUUAACAAUGAACAUCAUCGGCCAAAAUGCAAUGUUACCAAUAAUAUUGAAAACAGUCAAUAGUAUAUUGAACCAUAUUUUAAAAUACCUAUGUUACAAAACAUAUAAGUAAUUUGAAACAACCCAAUGAUAAUAAUAUUAAAAUAUCUCAACGAAAAUGAAAUUAAAUAUUGAAAAAUAUAGUAAAACUACAAAUGACAACAGGCAUCAAGAUCAUCAAAUUAUUAAGCACUGAUAAAGGGCAAGGAGGCCUCUCGGUUUUCUGAAUUGGAAUUAGGAAGUUGGUAACAUAAUUUUCUCGUGUUUCAUUGAAAUAAUAGUUUUUGCCUUAGUAAUUCAACAUUUUUCUAGUCAGAAAAGGGUAACAAAAGGAACAUUACACGACUAAUUAAAAACAAAAAACCCAAUGUGAUUGAAAAUUGCCGCUUAUCCUGUUAUUUAUAGUUUUAUUUAAGCUGCUUAUAUUUAAGAAAAGAAUGAAACAAAAUGAUUCCACUGCUUUGUUGAAAACAAAAGGUUAUAUUUUGCUUAUACUCCAUGCUUUGCGAUAAAUUAGAGUAAUCAGGCGAAAGUCAAGUGCAUCAAACGGAUGUUUUUAGGCUCGCGUAUCCAAUUCUGAAUGUUUAGAAAAUUAUUAUACGGUAAGCUAAUUAUGCACCCACAAAACUUGAAUCAUACACGACACCCUAAUAAUAGUAAAAAUAUAUAUUAUAUGCAUAUACAUAUAUCCAAACACAUAUACUAAAAAUGUGCGCGUAUAUUCUUGUACAAGAUUUUUGAAGCAACCAAUAAUACAAUACGAACAAAGAGGGUAUUAAAAUAACAAGAAAGAAACGGAACAAGAUUGAAUGACUGAGUAGUACGCGGGGAAGUUGGUACGCGAUCGUGCCGUUAUUGAUAAUCCAUGAGCAACCAGCGGGGAGUCAUAUUGAUGCAACAAAGUGAAAAUAAUCCUCAAUAGACAGGAUAUACGUAACCCCCGCAUGUAACCUCCUGUAACCUUACCAUGAACAAAAUUAAAAUUGAUCAAACGAAAAACCGGUGAAAAGCAGAUGGGGGUGAGCCAGCGCCUCGAAGGCGCUAUUAUCAGCUCACAAAAUGGGAAGAUCAAUACUACAGCAAACGGAAUAUACCAAAAACAAUUCAAAAAAAUACUCGUUACUCAAACAAACAAUUCUGUACUGUUUCUGUCAAGUGGA